AUGGCGUUGACUCUUCGCUUUGCAACAGCUCGAGACAUUGCUGCCAUAGCGCGGGUGUGUGUCGAGUCUCUACCAGAUGACCCGACCUUUGACUACCUCUGGCGAUACCGCCAUGAAUACCCGGAGGACAACUACUUUUUCUGGCUCCAACGACUCAAGGGCAACCUGUUCGACCCCGAUAUGACCUGCCUGGUGGUGGCGAAGCCUCACUACAAAGGUGCCGAGGAGACAGUGGUGUCAGUCGGACUGUGGCGGCGACACGGCUCUACCCAGGCAGCAAGGCAAUGGCAGAAGCAGGGUUGGUUGGACUGGAUUCAAGGAUUGACAACCAGUGUUGAGAACUGGGCUAAUGUGCGGCAGUAUCAACGUCGAGAUGCAGAUAUGCCGCGAGUCGAAGCUUUCGAACAAGUCAUGGACGAGGUCUAUGACAUUUAUUGGCGCAAGGCAUUUCGCGACAACUGGCACCUAGAGUUGUUGUUCACGCACCCUGAGCACAGGAAACAAGGCGCGGCUACGAAAAUCGUUCAGUGGGGGCUCACCCAGGCUGAGAUGGCGCUGACCUGGGACUUGAGAGCAAGUCUGGGGUUCGUGCUCAUUGAGAAGCGGACUGUCAAGGUGGACGGCGAUAAGGCAGAGCUGGUUGUCCUUGUCAUGCACAAACCAUCAUCUCAGUGA